GUGAGGGCAAGAGCUCCCCUGUGCAAUUCUUCGGCCCAGUGAGGGCCCUUUGGCGUGGCUGCCCUCCCAUUUCACUGUUGGUACAUCCCGCCUCCAGCUGACCGGCCUGGAAUCACGGUUUGGAUCCUAGGACUGGGCGCCCUGGAGCCUCGGGAGCCCUCGGGACAGAGUGAGAGGCAACCCCCGUGUCACAGAGCGACUCCCCUCAGCGCCAGAGCCUCGGAAAUGGGAGACACCGGCAGCGAGCGCAGCAACGCACCCAGCCUCCCCCCGCGCUGCCCCUGCGGAUUCUGGGGGUCCAGUAAGACUAUGAAUUUGUGUUCCAAGUGUUUUGCAGAUUUCCAGAAGAAACAGCCAGAUGAGGACACCGCCCCCAGCACAAGCAGCAGCCAAUCAGAUUUGUUCCCCAGCGAGACAGAUAGUGACAACGGCAAUACCUCGAUACCCACACCGACUGUUAACCCCACCCAGCAGCUCCCGACAGAACUGAAUGUAGAUUCUCCCAGCAAAGAAGACUGUGGUCCCUGUACAGACUCCGCUCAUGUCUCACUAACCACUCCAUCCAAAAGAUCCUGCGAUUCAGAUUCACAGUCAGAAGAUGACACUUCCCCCAUGAAACGACCUCGGCUACUGGACAGUGGGGACAGGCCAGACAACAGCAGUCGCUCCAAACAGAAGAGUCGCCGUCGCUGUUUCCGUUGCCAAAUAAAACUGGAGUUGGUUCAGCAAGAGUUGGGCUCCUGUCGCUGUGGUUAUGUCUUCUGUAUGUUGCAUCGACUUCCAGAACAGCACGACUGCACAUUCGACCACAUGGGACGCGGACGCGAGGAGGCCAUUAUGAAAAUGGUGAAACUAGACCGGAAAGUGGGCAGGUCUUGCCAACGCAUUGGCGAGGGCUGCUCCUGAGUGCCACACUCUCCAACCAAAUGCUGUUUCUCUUAGUUCACAACAGUUAGCCUUAUUUAGGAUAAAGUCAACUAGGCUCUCUGGGCAAGUGGCAGACACCAAGCCAAUCAGGUUAUCGUCUUCUGUUUUUGAACAUGCAGGUACUUUAAUAAAUGAAGUUGUUGUUAGAUGUGUUGGCUGUGCUUGUUACUCACUGGCAAGCAAGAAAGCCAUCAGCAAAGUUUGGGGUAACUUUAUUUUAUUUGUAUUUCCAUUCCACUGAAGAAAUAAAUGACUAUUAUCCAGGCUAGCUAGAUUUUCACCUUAACUUUUUGUGUGGUGUAACAAUGAAUAUGGAGAGUGAAUGGCCACUUACGCACUGUUCCCUACGCCCAUUCGUCACUGCUGAAUUGAUUGGGUCAGCUCCACUGGAGAUUUCAUUUGUGGAUUCCUACCUUUGUAGCUUAGUAAAAGAAUAUUGAAUUAAACCACAGAGUGUAGCAGUGAGAGAAUUUUAGGUAGAAUUUAAACUACUUAUUACCCCACACACUUAAAACCCGUUCUAUUUUAACAAGCACAUAGAUCACUCAAUUUACUGGUCACCCCCCUUCUUACCAGCCUUAACCUGAUUGGCUUUGGUUUGCAAUUUGCCAAGUGAUGGUCUCUGGUCAAAUAAGGCUAAUUGGCAGUAGCCGUGGUUGGACUCUGCAAGCCGACUCUGUAGCUCAACAUUUAUUGGGGGAUAAAGGACAUUUUUGUUUUUGUAGCAAACGGAACUCAGUAACAGUAUUGAGGAACAACCAGGAAAACUCCCCACCUUUUGUCAGUUCAAUAUGUUACUCCUCACCUCCAAAGUGUUAGCAAGUUCGUAAACAAAUUAAAAGGGCUAACUAGCCUUAUCUCUAUGCAGCCAGAGGUGGGGAAGUUUGGAACGGGGCUCAAACAUUCUAUUGAUCAGCCCACGAGUAGCAUAAAGGGAUGGAAAUGGGAAAAAAAUGGCGAGUCCUUUUUAUGUGAUGUGCAGGAUUUCCAAGGACGAGGAGGAGAGCAUAGACGUACGUUUUAGCAUUAAUUACAGGGGAUGUUUAUAUAUUUAUACCACAAGGUCUACAAACUCCCAGGACUACAGUGUAUUCCUGUUGCCUUUCCAUUUUACUCUCAGCGUUUUCUUCUCAGCGGCUCCCCAAGGUGCUUUCUUUUGUCAAGUCUUCUGCACAGGAGCUUUCUCCGGUGUAGUCCUAUCUGCCAGUUUAUCCUCACCUCCCAUAUUUCUGAACUUCCAGCACUUUGAACAAGUAGAAAUGUAGUGUCUACCUGGCUUACUUUGGAUCUUAAAUCCUUCACAAUAGUAAUAAAUAACAUUACCUCUUGAUCAAAAGUGACACUGUGGAAUUGUUGGUCAUUGGCAAAAUAGUUUGUCGGGCUGAUGGCAAGUGGCAACACCUAUUCCUCAUACACAUUCUGUGCCUAGUCAUUGAUAGUGACCACCAUAUGUAGUUUAUGAAACGCUUAAAAACAAUACAAGACAAGAGUUUACAAUAUAACCUAAGUAGAGAAAGUUCAGUGUAUUCCAUUAUUAAGAGAAACACAUCUGUGACCACCAAUUCAUAUGAGUAAACAUGGUAAAUCUUCAGUUCUACGGCCAUAUUUAUAGGUUUGUCAUGCACCAUCUCCAGACUCUUGUUUCUUUCAGGAAUCGAUCUUCCCUCAACAGGCAACGAAGAUCAAUGCAUCUUCUCUGAUUGUCCAUCUUGCAAAGGCCACAGAGACCACUAUUUAUCAGUCCACCCGAUGUAUUCCAUAGCCAUUGCUGUUCACUUCUUCAACUAACCAUAAAGACUUGUUUUUUCACUGAUUAUGAAGACAAAAACCUCGUACCGAUGACCCAAUAUGUUGGGCGCACGAUGAACUUUGGAUUAAAAAAGAACAAUGAUCGUUCUGGGGUUUGUUUUUUUUGUGAAUGAUGGACAGCUUACAAUACAAUGAUGAGAAUUCACUGGGUUGUUCCUUUGCAGUACCUGUUCUGUGAAGUUUGUUAAAAGUUAAGGCAAAGUUUUAAGUUCUUGUAUCUUAAGAAAUGAAAAUCUUAUUUAACCAUUUUGUGUUCUAGAUUUACUUAACACAUGUAGCCUAGCGCUGUUUUAGUUUAACAUUGUAAAAAAAAAAUAUUACAAAAAAAAAAAAA